AUGGUGGAGGCAUUCCCAACAGGCUCCACGUCGCCCGUGACGGCCCAUGCCCGUCCCGACCCACCCACCCGUCUCGAGGAUUUGGUCUUCCAGGGCUUUGACACCAUCCAGCAGCACAUGUGCAUCAUGAACGUCAACAUAAGGGACGUCUUCACAAAGGCCACCUGUGGAAAGGCGCUUGACCCGUCGUAUAACGCAUUUUACGGCACCGAUUCACUCGACAUUUCGCUCGUCUCGUUCAACCCGACGGUCUCGCCGACGCCCUACGACGAAGUGCCCUUCCACGACGUCCUUCCACGACGACCCGCAGCGUCACUCAGGGUGCUCGAACGGCUACUCCUACGUCUGGUCGACACGUGCUGCAUCGACAAGAGCAGCAGCGCCGAGCUGUCCGACCACAGCAUGGUCGGCACCGCCGACGCCACCCGGAUCGACACGGAGCCCUAUGGAUCAACAGCAACCACAAGCAAGCCGCCCCCUGACCCCGAAAAAACACUCUCGCUAAUCCUCGGCACGCACCAGAGCAUCGAGAUCAGCGACGUGUUCCCCCGCGACGCCGUGACCAACGGUAACGAGGUCCUGCUGACAUCCCUGAAGGGGAAGAACAACUGGGUCAUGAAGCUCACAACAGCAGACAGCAGCGGCGACUCAUCUCCAGACGACAACCUACCACAAAAGCCGCUCGUGGAAACAUUCCAAACCUGACCGAGCUGGCAAUGCACGCAAUCUCUUUCCUUAGC